AUGGACUGUGCCCGGCUCAAUUUCUCCCACGGCACAUUGGAAGAGCACGGCGAAGUGAUCAGGACGUUGCGGGAAUUGUCCGCCAAGCGGCAUCGGCCGGUGGCCAUCCUCCAGGACCUUGGCGGCAUCAAGCUGAGACUGGGCGAAAUGGAGGGCUCCGUCUUGCUCCCUCCAGGUGAAAUGGUGACCAUGGUGCCCGACGCCUCCUCCGACAAACCCAACGUGUUGCCCUUUCCUCAAGCCGGUGUACUCGCCAGUCUCAGGCCCGGCCACAGGGUAUUUGUCUCAGACGGUACAGUGUCGCUGGAGGUCGUGGAGGUUGGUGAUGGGUCGGUGAAGCUUCGGGUCAUCAACUCGUCCGGCCGGCUGUCCUCUUUCAAGGGUGUAAACCUGCCGGGAAUCCACAUUGACCAACCCGUGUUGACCGACGCGGACAAAGAGGCCCUUCGUUACGGGGUGGACCUGGGAGUUGACUGGGUAGCCGUGUCAUUCGUGCGCACGGCAGACGACAUCAGGUAUGCCAAGAGCUACUUGGACAGCAUUGGCAGCCAAGCAUUGGUCAUGGCCAAGUUGGAGCGGGCAGAGGGAAUCGAAAAUAUCGACUCCAUUCUCCAGGAAGUCGACGGAGUAAUGGUGGCCAGGGGCGAUCUCGGGGUCGAAAUUCCAAUGGAACAGGUUCCCAUUGUCCAGAAGUCUUUGGUAAAAAAAGCCAAUGAAGCUGCCAAGGUCUCCAUAAUCGCCACCCAGAUGCUCCGUUCCAUGGUGGAUGCGCCCAUUCCGACAAGAGCGGAAGUAUCCGACAUCACCAACGCGGUAUUGGAUGGUUGCGACUCUAUCCUGCUGUCGGACGAGACCGCCGUGGGGCCAUUUCCCUGUGGAAACCACCACACGUCCAGAGACCGUACUCAAGCCAUAGCGUUGGCAGCAGGGAAGUUGGUCCAGUCCCUCAAGGCAAAGCCCAUAGUUAUCACCAGCACCGGCCGGGCCGCCUUGGAAAUUUCCAGGUUCCGUCCGGAAAAUCAGGUCAUCGUCUUUUCCCAUGAUGAAGCCGUUUUGCGAAGACUGUGCUUGGGGUGGGGACUGUCCCCGGUUGGGGUCAUACCUCCGGAAGCGGACGUAAGUAAACUGGUAAGCAAGUUGAUUAACGCUUCACUGGAGGCGGGUAUGGUGGAAGCCGAGGACGUGGUGACUAUCGUCCAUGGAUUCUUACCAGGAGUCUCCGGCACAACCAAUACCAUACAGGUAUUGGACGUUAAAGAGUUCCUGUCCCGUUCAACGGCCACCGACGAUGUGGAGGCGGUAAGCAGGUAG